GAGGACGCUAGGCGUAUCGGCGACGAAAUGAAGCAUGCAGCAUGCGUGGUAGCAGUGUCACGGCUGCGCGGUCCUGCCCAACCCCUGGUUUCCGCCAGCCGCUACCUCGCCGUACACGCUCUACCCGGUGAUCCUCUCUACUUCAUCGUUGACGCUAAAUCAAAGGUAAAGGAGGUCUACGCGCAGACAUGCCAGCUUCUUGGUCAGCAGGGUAUGCAAGAUUGCGAACUCUUUGGUCUGGCAAUCCUGUCCGACGGAGAGUACCUGUUUGUAGACCAAGAGAGUAAACUCAGCAAAUACGCACCGAAGAACUGGAGAAGUUCGCAUACCUACGGCUUGGACAGCAGCGGACGUCCGGCAUUCGUUCUUUACUUUCGUGUUCGCUACUACGUGGACACACCGUUACUAUUAAGCGAUGAAACGACAAGACACCACUACUACCUGCAGCUGCGCGACAACGUCGUCCGUCACGGGGGCGGCGUGGAGAGCUGGCAGGGCCAAAAGUCCCAGCAUCCCCUGCAGACGGGCAGCGUUUAUGGGCCGCUGCUCAGCCUCGCGGGACUGGCCCUUCAGGCCGAUCUCGGUGACUACACGGAGGAGCGGCACCGACGACAGGGAUACUGCAAGCCCUCCGACUACCUUCCCGCCCACAUGUGCCACGAGGAUAACGCACUGUCGGUGCUCGCGGCUCAACACAGGGACAAUCGAGGCCUGUCCCGGGAGGAGGCUGAGCUCUCGUACAUCCGAGAGGCGGUGCUCCUGGAGGCGCCGCUCAACGCUCACCUCUACCGGCUUCGGCGCAGCAAGAGCGAACAGGGACCAGGACGAGUGCUGCUGGCGAUCUGCGCCCGUGGCGUCCGCGUCUACGGCGACGAGGAGACGCCGCAGGUCUUCACCUGGAACAACAUCGGCAAGCUCGGCUUUGACCGCAAGAAGUUCGAGAUUCGCGCGGUCGAUCAGCCGGGUAAGCUCACACUGUUCAGUGGCUGUGACGACAAGAGCAAGCUCCUGCUAGCGCUCUGUCGGGACACCCACCAGUUCUUCAUGGCCAUAGCGCCGCGUGUCAGCGAGGCUAAGCGUCGCGAAGAAGAAGAGCGCAAGGUCCUGCGAGACUGCUACAUGUACCCGGCGCGCUGCAAGCUGAGCCUGACGACCCGAGGCUCGCGCGCGGACCAGCGCAUCUCGCUCAUCUCUACCACCUCGUCUAACACGACAUCGGGCAUCGUGAGCGACCGUGUGCACAGCGAGGACGAGCCGGACGCCGGUCCGGUGUCCACGGGCUCGACCGGAUCCACCGAGGACUCGUCCAAUGGAGCUGCUAGCGCGACAGCCGUGACUAACGGAGCGACGGCGACGGCGUCGGUCGACGGUAACGAGUCUCCGAUUCCGCCGCCGCUGCGACCGAGUCUCCUCGCUGAUGCCGACGCUGGUGCGACCAACAUCUCCGGUGCGGCCCUCGGCUCUCAGUGCAGCAGUACCUGUAGCACCGUCGUCGUCAACGCCACCUCGGAGACCGGCAACAGGGGCAGCAGUAUCGCUGGAUCGGCGACCUCGGCAUUGCUGAAAGCAGCGGCCGCCGCCAGCGGGAGAAGGAGGACCUCAGCAAGCUCGAGCUUGGAGCUAGGCUACUCGCACACCGCGCAGAACUCGGCGCUAUCGGGCGAGCCCAUCUACGAUAGGUGCAAUAAGACUGUCAAGUAUGCUGGCACGGACAUCGCCAGCGAGACGAGCGGCGUCUACACGCUGCGCAGCAGCGAGAUGCUAGACGAGCCUAUGGCCAACGACUCGUCGGUGCAGUCGACGACGGACGAAGCGUCGGUCACCUCGGGCUUCUACACCAUCCACAGCGGCCUGCGCUCCGAAACAAGUGGCUCCUGCUACAGCCAGGGCACGGGCCACGACGAGCAGGAUCCGAUCUACAGUCUCUGCCAGGGCGAGGAACCCACGCGAAAACUCGGCCAGCCAGACGUUUCCAAGCAAAGCAACGAAGCGGCUGCCGUGGAAGAGGACGACGAAAACGAGGGACGCUCGCGCAGCAACAGCAUCCUCAGUGCCGGCAGUUUCCGCGGUGACGGUAGUGAUCCUUCGGGACAGGGACCCCUGCUCUCGGCGGACGAGCUGUCCGAUCUGAUCGUCGGCCGUUAUCCGCCCCGCAAGAGCAUCGGAGCCUCCAUGGACUCGGACUGCGACUACGUGAGGAUGCCUCCGCCGCCUCCGCCUCCGGCGCCUCCACCGCGAAGCGAUAGCGAGAGGCAGCUGCCACCACCACCGCCUUACCCGGGCCUGGGAGUGUCGCAGCCACCCGUCGUUCCCGGACCUCCACCACCGGGAUACGGCUGUCCGAGAGAGCGCUUCGAGAUCCCGCCGCCGACUCCUCCCCGCAACGAUGCCAUCACACCCAGGGAACCACCUCCGCCGCCUCCUCCACCAGCGCGAAUCCAGCCACCGACGUACCCGGGCGACAAGAUGAAACCUACACCCGUGCACGCGCCGGUGGCAGCUCUGGUCGUCGGACCCAACAACUAUCUGGACGUGCACGCGACACGCACGGGCCCGGUCCUGCUGCCCUACCUGACGCCGCCUCAUCCACCGCACCCGCAGGUCCAACAGCGGCAACCUCCUCCUCCACCUCCUCCACCGCAGACGGCCAACGCCAGCGCCAACUCUGCGAAUGCCGGAGCAGCAGUGGCAGCCCAGGGCAUGCUCGCCACGGUGUACACGAGCCAGGUCGCCCGCUCGCAGAUCGAGCAGUACAAGCAGCAGCUCUACUCCGACGUGGACUACGUCAUGUUCCCGCUCAAGGACCCGGCCCUCUCCAAGCAAGAGUACAUCGAUGCGAAGACGGGCUCGCACAUGGCCGCGAUGGCUGCCAUGGCCGCCUAUCCACCGCCACCCCCGUAUCCUCUUCAAGCAGCCAACAAGUCUUCUCUGAUGUACAGGAGCACGCCGUACUUGCCGUACACAGGUGGCUCGUACUCCUCGCUCUCCAACAAGUACGCCUCGAACCAAAACCUCGCGAGCAGCCUCAGCGACACCAACAGCUCCGUCGGAAACAACUACUUGCUCUACGGUAACGCGAGCAGUCAGUACGCGGCUAGCACCAGCUCCCUGUACAGCGGGCUCACCUGCUCAAGCGGUGGAGGCGGUGCAGGCAGCCAGACCUUCAGAAAAGAAGGCACGUAUGCCUCCCCUCCGCCCCCACUGCCGCCCCCGGCUAGUGCCAGGCAUCACCCCCACACGCUGCAGCACGGAUUCUCGAGGACGAGGAGCCACGAGAACAUACUCAAGAGCUACGAUGCUGCAUCUGCUUCUUUGUCCUCGCUAUCCUUGUCGCAUGGAGGGCUUAAGAGCCCGGUUCAAAUGGGCUCGCUGCCACAGCCGCAGACCAAGCACAGAAGACUACCGCCUCCGCCUCCACCGCCGCCGUACGAUAUCCAGAGCCUUGCUCCAAGUCAGCCGGCGUGUCUGGGUAUCAGCGAAGGCAAACUGACGCAGCAGCCACAGGCACAGCAGCAGCAGCCGCAACACCAGCAGCAACAGUCCCAGAGCCAGCAGAACGGGAUGCUGGACAUCAAGACUCUGCGCGAGAAGAGUCGAAACCUCGACCUACCUCUGAUUUCCGCCCUCUGCAACGACCGCUAUCUUCUCAAGCAGACCAAGGCCUUCGUAUUGCCCAAGCAUCCGAGCGAGAGCUCAUCCACGGGAGCUUCCAAGUCUGGCGCCCGCAACGGAAGCAGCAGCAAUGGUGGUAGCAGUUCCAGUAGGCAAAAGUAUCCCGUCAGCGGGCUUUCGACGACGCAAAUAACGAAACCACCAAGAAAAUCGUCCAAUAGCACACACAAGCACCCGUCCACGUCGACGGCUUCGCUGCUGACGAAGAGCUUUAUUGGAAAUGCAUACCAAGUGAACAGCUCGACGAAUGUCGCGGCUAACGAUAAGAACCUAUCGCGAGCUUCGCAUUCGUAGGCUGGUGGAAGAAGAUAAUAUGAUGUAAGAGGAUGUUUAAUAGUUUUUGCUUAGGACCUUAUUGAAGAAAUGUUUGAGUUGCGCUCUGUUUCUUGUGAAUCAACUAAUUGUAACAUUGCUCAGUUUAGGAUGCACUUCUUAAUGAACUUGUUUCAUCACUUGUACAAAGUUACAAACAAGUAUUUUAAGAAAAGAUUCAAGUGCUGCGGACUCUGCAAUGCUACAUUAGUAGAGCACGUCAAAAAGCAGAUAUUCAAAAUCAAAGGACCUACAGCUUUUACAUUCCCUCAAAGAUAACGAUGUUAACAUGCCGUUCAUCCUGACUUUAAAAUUAAUCAUGUAGCUUUUUGCCAAGUUUGCCUCACCGUCAUUGUGUGAGAAGUGAAUAAAUGUAAAAGUAGAACGACUGAAUGACAGACUCCAGUAUGUUUAUAACUGUAGUUGUAAUUUGUAUCUAGUUAUUCACUUAGCUGUUAAUAAUAUUAAUUUCUUUGUUUUUCUUGCGUGAUUAGACAUGCGACGAUACUCUGUUCGGAGUCGUUUAACAAGGACUAAGAACAAAUUUAAGAAUGUACAGAUGCUAGAUCAUAGUGACGAUAAUCUAUGAAUUUUCAUUCACUCACUUCGUUUUGUACAAAGAAAUUACAAAGCUAAGAGUUACUUCAACGAUGUUUUUCUCUUUCUUACACAAACUUUACGCGGAAGUUAAAAGUUAUCGAAUUGUCUCUUUCCAGGGCUAGAGCGAUUGCACAUAUUCCUUUUAGGUACAAUUAUUUUUUAGUAGUUUGAAGACUGCAGAAUUUAUGAAAUUGAAAAGCUCUUUAUUGCAGUAAUUUUACCAAUUCAAGAUAAUCUUAUACAAUUUACAAUUUUGAAUCAUAAUCACCAUACGUUCCAUUUUUAGCAUUUACUACAGACACUAUUACGUUUCAAAAAUAUACCGUGUUUCUUCAACUAAGAGUGCCAUUUCCUUCUAUUACACCCUUUGCCAAGAAUGUCGUCACUACUUAGUAAAUUUGUAUACAAAUAUGUUUUAUGUUUUCAUUUAUCGCCAUACUUUGUUUAAACCUAAUGACAAAUUUGUAAGUAUUAGUUUUCCAUGAACUAGUUUCAGUAUCUUAAGAUGCAUCACAUCAUGAAAGUAUAAUUUAUUGUAAUCUUGAAAUGGUAUAAAAGAUCUGUAAAGAUUUGUUUAACAAAAUAGCUUUGUGAAAAAUGACGUUAGAAGUGUAAAAGAUUUUAAAUAUCAUCUUUAAAACAUCGAUAUACAUACUGGAUACUAAUGGUGUUAAAUCCACUGUUUAUUGUCGACACAUUUAUGUCUGGCAUUCCUUUAUUUAACGGUAUAUUUUAAAAAGCUUUCAUGCUCGGUUUUAAACAUCAGAGCUCUAUUAAUUUAUUUUCAUAAAUCGAGCUAAAAUGCGCUUGAUAUCAUUUCAUGCGUACCUGGUGACUAACAAGUUGAAUCUCAUUGUACAAUCUCGUUAAAGCUCAAAACUUGCCUCCAGGUAGUUUUUUUUUAUUUGCUAUAAAUUUUGCACACAACACUCAUGUCCUACGAUUAUUAUAAAUAAAAAGCAAAAGAUAAACUGUACGUAUUUAUAUAAUAAUAAGCAAAAUAGAAUUGAUCUUCAUUUUAAAUGGGUACCAGAAAACAUUUUUAACUCUAAAAAUAGAACUAAAAAGUUGCAGUGAAUAAUCAUUUAUUCGUAUUGCAGAAUAUAUUUGUUUUACUGUAUUAGGUAUAUUACAUUAAUUUUUACAAUAUUGAACAUCAAAUGCAUUGAAUUUGUUUUAAAUGUAGGAUUAAAAAUGUUUUCUCAGAUCAAACGGGUGUUUGACAAAUAUUUUAUUAGGAAAAAGUAGACUUCAUUAGUAGGAUUAAAUUAUCAGAAAAUAGAAUCGAAUCUACGAUUUUAAAAUUAUUAGGUAGAUCAUUCAACGUUAUUUUUGUAUAUAAAUGGCGUUUUUACUAUCAUUCCAUCCAUCACUCAUAUAGUGUAAAGGGAUCAAUCAUUUUUUAAAGGAAAUUCACAUUCGAUUAUCGCUAUUACACAGAAAUGCGCAAUAUCGCUAAUAUAUUGCAUAAAAAAGGUAACGAAGAUGUUUGUAUAUACACGUACCCACGCGCGCGCACAACAAUUAUAUAAAUGUAUACACAUUCGCAUUCGCAUACACGCAACAAACAAAUACAUUUUUAUGUAUACAUCAAAAAGUAAAUCAUCUAAAAUUUUACGAGACUUCGUUGCAAGCUAUAUUGUUAAGUUUGUCAAAACUUUAAUUUCUAUUAACAUUUAUUAUGAGCGAUUUAAAAGAACUUUCCCAACUAUUCGGGAAAAAUGUUCCAUAGUAGAAUUAUUAAAGUAUUGAAAAAUUUAUAGUAAACCAUGCAUUUUUUUACCGAAAGUAUUGUAAAUCGUAAGACAACCAUUAUAAACGUUUUAUAUAUGCAUUAGAAACUUAGACAUAAAUUUGUACGAAUUUCAAUACACAAUAUCAAAAAAUCGCAAGCACAUCGUAGGGUUUUGAAAAAGAACUUAAGGUGACAAUUUGACACGACAUAUUGUAUAAAAUAUUACUAUAAGUUGUACCGAAAAAGAUAUGUUUGAAACGUAUGUUCUUAUCAGUAGAAAGAUGAUUGUUUUUGCUUAUUCUUUUUUUUAUUUUCAGUAGUCAACGAAAAACAAGUGUAAACUGAAUAGUUAUUCCGAACACAGGAAAACUGUAUAUGAACGCAGGUUAAUUAUAUGAUAUUAUAUUUGUAUGGAAAGAUUUUACAUAAAUGGCUAUCGGUUAUGCGAGAUUUUUCUCCGUCGUCCAACGUAAAUGUAAACUUGACGGAACGAACAUCUACGGAAAUAAUUUUUAAUUUUCCCAAUAAUUUUGAUUAAACUAUAAAGUUUGCAAUGAGAUUGGACUGUUUGAUAUCAUCACGUUAGAUGCCAUUUCCGUCGAGUGUACGUAAAUAUGUGUAUGUACAUACAUAUACUUUAUAUAUAAAUAUAUUGUAAUCGCGUCAGAUGCAAUACCUAGACUUUUUGUAGUGCGAAAAUCUCAUGUAUGAAAUAUACACAAUCACUUCACCUGAAAAUAAUAAACAUACUUUUUGUAAUGAA